AACACGCACGCGCCCAGGUGCACGCGCCAGGUGCACGCGCCCAGGUGCACGCGCGUCCCACAGUCCCAGGCGGGCGCCGGCCGCGCGGUCAGCACCGGGGACAGCGCACAGCGCGGGGGCGGGUCCGCGCGCGGGUGUCUCCCGGGAGGGUCCCCUCUGACAGCAGGGCAGGAGGGACCCUGAGACUCCGCCGUCAUGUUCCCCGAGCCUGGGACCCCCGGGCCUCCAGCACCUGACACGCCACCUGACUCGAGUCGCAUCCACUACCGCGCAGUACCCCCCUGGGCCCUGGCCACGAUCGUGCUGGUCUCCGGCUUUGUGGUCUUCAGCUGCUGCUUCUGUCUCCUCCGGAAGCGAUGUGGAAGGCGAACGGGCAAGAAGAGCCAGGCCCAAGCCCAGGUCCACCUGCAGGAAGUGAAGGAGCUGGGCCUGAGUUACAUAGACAAGGUGCAGCCAGAAGUGGAGGAGCUGGAGCCUGCUCCCUCGGGGCCUGGACAGCAGGGGACAGAGAAGCCGGAGCUGGGACGGCUGCAGUACUCACUUGACUAUGAUUUCCAGAGUGGCCAGCUGCUGGUGGGCAUCCUGCAAGCGGAGGGGCUGGCGGCCUUGGACCUGGGGGGCUCCUCUGACCCCUACGUGCGGGUCUACCUGCUGCCAGACAAGCUGCGGUGGCAUGAGACCAAGGUGCACCGUCAGACGCUGAACCCACACUUUAGGGAGAACUUUGCCUUCAAGGUCCCCUACGUGGAGCUGGGGGGCAGGGUGCUGGUCAUGGCCGUGUACGACUUCGACCGUUUCUCACGCAAUGACACCAUCGGGGAGGUGCGGGUCCCUAUGAGCUCCGUGGACCUGGGGCGGCCGGUGCUGGCCUGGCGGGAGCUGCAGGUGGCUUCUCGGGAGGAGCAAGAGAAGCUUGGGGACAUCUGCUUCUCCCUCCGCUACGUCCCCACAGCCGGGAAGCUCACGGUCAUUGUCCUGGAGGCCAAGAACCUGAAGAAGAUGGACCUGGGUGGGCUGUCAGACCCCUACGUGAAGGUCCACCUGCUCCAGGGCGGCAAGAAGAUGCGCAAGAAGAAGACCACCAUCAAGAAGAACACUCUGAACCCCUAUUACAACGAGGCUUUCAGCUUCGAGGUGCCCUGGGACCAGGUCCAGAAAGUGCAGGUGGAGCUGACGGUGCUGGACUAUGACAAGCUGGGCAAGAACGAGGCCAUCGGGAGGGUGGCGGUGGGCGCGGCGGCGGGGGGCGCGGGCCUGCGGCACUGGGCGGACAUGCUGGCCAACCCGCGGCGGCCCAUCGCGCUGUGGCACUCCCUGCGCCCCCCCGACCGCGACCGCGACCGCGCCAGGCCGCCGGCGCCCUGACCCCCGGGCCAGGCCCCGCCGCCUCCGGACCCCGCCCCAGUCCUCUGCCCCAGACAGACCCCCACUCGGGUCUUCGCCCCCCACAUGCCAAUCAUGAGAACUUGCCAACGCCCCCCCCCCACGCCACCUUCCUUGCUCCAGGGGCGGACGGAGGGAGCCUCAGCCCACCCCGCCUCCGCCCCCCACCCCUCUGCUUUGACAAUCAGUGUCCCCGGUCUUCCCUUUCCCUCCAGCCCCCUUGUCCUGCCAAAUAAAUACUCAGUCACUUUGG